AAAAAAGUUCUUAUUCUUUCUUACAUUUCAUACAUUCAGUUCAAUCGUUGUUUGUGUAAUAUUAUUUUUGUUAUAAUUAUAAUAGUUUAAAGUUUUAAAAUUUUCUUUGUGUUCCACCAAAUAUAGGGUUUGAUGUUACCACUUAGCAACGAACAAACACAUGUUUACAUCGUCAUCAAGUGAUUGUUCAAGAACUGUGGCUAUAUAUUUUAUCAUAAUUUAAGUGGUAUACAUUUCUCGGAAUUACAAUGUUGCGUAGAUAGAUUUGGUUGUGUACCGCGUGUGAAAUGUCACAACAUGGAUACCCUGAGAGACUGUCCAAUAGAUCGAAAGGUUUCCAAGAGGAUGGUCCAAGUCAGCCCACUAUGGAGGUAUUGGUGGAGACCCUUACGGGUACGGCUUUCGAAAUGACAGUAUCUCCUUCUGAUACUAUAUUUGCUAUUAAAUCGAAGAUAUUUCGGGUGGAAGGUAUCCCAGUAUCCCAGCAGCAUUUAGUAUACAACUUACGGGAGUUGGCUGAUGGCGCAUCGCUACGUGACCAUGGCGUGGCAGCGGGCGCACGCCUUCGUCUCGUGCUGGCACUCCGCGGCGGUCCCGUCACCACGCGCAGGCCUCCACCACCCGAGAUACCUCCUCCUGAUAGAGACGACUUAGAGUGGAGCAGCGAGGGUGGUAGUGGUGGUGGUGGGGAGUGCAAGGUGGCCGUGCUGGUGUUCCGCGACGGUGAGCGCGUCAACAUGGUGCGCAUGCGCGAGAACAGGGACGGUACAUUCUCUCCGCUGGACCAUGCUAAAUAUUCGUCGUCCCUGUCGCACCUGGUGGAGCACGAGGACGACGAGUGCGCGGGCGGUGGCGGGGGCGGGGGCGCGGGCGCGGGCGCGCUGCCGGAGAACGCGGUCACUAUGGGCAAGAUGCUGGACCUGCGCCGCCGCAUGGAGUCCCUCUCCCUGCACAGGAGACGCGCUCCCCACAGACCAGGUGAUCAAGUAGAUAUCCAGAAGACGAGAAGCGAGGAGACGCUCUCCGUGCCCAGUCUGCUGGAGGACGGCUACGAGUGCUACAAGCGCUACGACUGCGACUGCGCCUGCGCCUACGACCGCGCCUACGACCGCUACACGCUGCUGCCGCCGAUACGAGCGCGCGCGCACUCCAACCACUCGCUCGCGGACACGCUCACGGACACGCUCGCAGACACACUCGCGGACACGCUCGAUACAGACAGGUUCAAGUUACCGGAGACGUUGGCGGGGUCCAUCCUGGUGAAGGGGCGUGAGAGCGAGGAGGGCGUGGUGCGGGAGUGCGCCGCCCCCACGCCCGCCCUCGCACCCCUACCCGCGUCUAAAUACGGUGCGUUAGUGGGCGGUGCGGGGUGUGGCGGUGGGGGCGGCGCGGGCGCAGUGGGCGGGGCGGGGGCGUGGCGGCGCGGCUACGGCUCCAGCUCGCAGCUGACGUGCGGCGCGCACCGCCCGCCCGCGCCGCUCUCCGCCUCCACCUCCGACCUCGAGACACUCACACGGAACAGAAUCCUGCCCGCAUUGAGCCGGCACCGCAACCGCGAGCACUUACACCUGAGCGACGAGCGGCUGGAGCUGACGCCGCAGUGUCCGCAGCCGCAGCCGCAGCCGCAACCGCAGCCGCACAAGCUGCGGCGGCUGCGCUGCGGCGUCUGCCGGCGGCGGCUCGGCGCGGCCACGGAGCACCGCUGCCGCUGCGGAGGCGCCUACUGCGCGCCGCACCGCUACGCAGAGGUGCACGGCUGCAACUACGACUACAAGGCGCUCACGCCGCACCGCAACUGAUGCAGCCACACUACGCCAACACCCACACUACGCCACAACCACAUUACGCCAACAACCACAUUACGCCAACAACCACAUUACGCCAACAACCAAAUUACGCCAACAACCACGUUACACGUCGGAUACGUCCAUUAAAGCUAAAAAAUUUUACAAAUGAUAUGACCUCACUGGCAUCAGUUAAUAACAUGCCAGUUUGUCAGUCCAGUUUAAGUGCUGCUAAUUGGCUAUAAAGCAACAUUUACAGCCUUACAAAUAAAUGCGGUAUAAAAUUAAACUUACUAUAAGCAAAUAUUCCUAAGUUUACCUUUAUACCUCGUUUACUUGUAAGGCGGUUAAUGUCUAAGUGCGGUUAUCAUUUGAGUUGGCACAUGGAAUAAAAGAAUACACUUUAAUUCGACGUGCCAACUCAAAUGCUGGUUAUACAGUGUGUUUGUAAUACUUUAAUUAAAUGUCUCGUUCUUUCUUUGUGAAGGAAAAGAGGUACGAUUAUUUUGUGGCAUGUGUGCGGAUUCACGGAAAUAUAUACUGGUACAAAAUCUGGCUCGCUCUAUACAGUUUUUUAUGUAAGGUGUUUUUAUUUUAUUAAAUUUGUGUGAUUUUUAAUGGGAUUUGAAAGGAAAUGCGUUUUAAAGGGUUAAGUGUUGAAAAACCGAUUAAAAUUUUAAUUAAAUUAACGUUUUGGUGUAUCGUUUUUUAUUGUUUAGGAACAUCCUGUGGGGGGUUUUUGUCAAAAUAAAUUCGAGCCAGUUUUUGUAUCAGCAAAUUUCCCGGGACUGACUUUUAAUAUGAUUGAAAUAUACAAAAUAAAUUGAAAUAAUUGAAUUUAAAUUUCUUUCAAGUAAAAAUGUUUUAAGGAAUCAACAAUU